CGUCGGCACAGAGCCACUUCAUUCUUCAAUUGGCUUUCCCAGCUCCCAUACGCAACAUAGCCACUAUUAAACGAUGCGCGCGCUGUUCGUAGUGCUAGUGGUUGCAGCCACUCUUCUUGCCAACAGCAAAGCUACAACCUCCUCAGACCUUACCAAGACGACCGCGACUCAAGCUGUUGUGUCAAUCCAAGCGAGCAAGACAAAUCGGCGAUUUUUGAGAAGCCAGAAAGCCCCCGAAAAAUACGGCGAAGUUGAGGAGGAAAGAGCCUCCACAAAUGCCCUGGCGAUUGUCGACGACGUCGCAAAAGCUCUCCCGUCACUCGACGAUGCCCUAAAAGUGUUUGCGACACCCGACGAGGUGAAGAAGCUCACGGACGCGAUCGCUGCGAAGAAUAUAAAAACCACGAUGCAAGAAGUCAAACCUCUUUUUGAGAAAAUGUCCCUGUACCCUAACGUCAGGGAGAAGAUGGUGGCCGAGAUGAAAGAACUCCCGCAGCUCAAGUCGUUGUGGAAUAGUUAUAUUAUUGAAAAAGGGGUAAAAUUCGAAAGCGCUUAUGAGAUAGCUAAGCCCAGAGCAGGCCCCCCAAGCACUAGUUAG